GCGACCGUGCAACAAACUGAGGACUUGGCCUCGUUACCUUUCCCGAAUAUCCGAACUAAAUGGACGGAAAAGCUAGAGAUGUUUAACACGGAUAAUUAUGAUCCUCUACCGGUGUAUCGGGUACUAAGUCCAGACGGAACUGUUAUCGAUCUUGCGCAUGAGCCGAAGAUCCCGGACUCAAAACUGGUUAAAAUGUUCGAAGGAAUGCUAACGCUUAACGUCAUGGACCAUAUUUUGUAUGAGUCUCAGCGACAGGGUAGGAUCUCGUUCUAUAUAACGAGUUUUGGGGAGGAGGCAACGCACUUCGGCAGCGCUGCAGCACUCGAAAGUAACGACGUUGUUUUCGGCCAGUACCGAGAAACCGGCGUGCUAAUGUGGCGAGACUUCGGCCUCACAAACAUAAUCAAUCAAUGCUACGGAAAUCAGAAUGACGUCGGGAAAGGUCGACAGAUGCCCUGUCACUAUGGGUCGAAAGAAAAGGCAUUUGUCACCAUCAGCUCGCCACUUUCGACCCAGAUGCCACAAGCUGUUGGUUCUGCGUACGCGCUCAAGCGAGCUAAGCAAUCAAACGUAGUGAUCUGUUACUUCGGUGACGGAGCUGCGUCGGAGGGGGACGCUCACGCAGCGCUUAACUUUUCGGCUACACUUAAGGUUCCAGUGAUCUUUUUCUGCAGGAACAAUGGCUACGCGAUAUCUACUCCGACGAACGAACAAUAUCGAGGGGAUGGCGUAGGCGCUCGAGGACCGGCGUAUGGGAUAGGAACAAUUCGAUGCGAUGGCAAUGAUAUACUGGCUGUGUACAAUGCGACUACAAAGGCUCGGGAAUAUUGUUUGUCAAAAAAUGCCCCUGUUCUUAUUGAGGCGAUGACCUACCGUCUUGGGCAUCACUCGACCUCCGAUGAUUCGACUAUUUAUAGAAAUCUUGCGGAGGUUAAGAUAUGGGAAGAGCAGGCGCACCCAUUACUUCGUUUCCGCAAGUACUUGACGGCAAAGGGAUUAUGGAGUGACGAAAAAGAGACUGAGUUUCGCGAAUCAAUCAAAAAGGAGAUCUUGACAAACUUCCAGGAAGGUGAGCGCGUAAAAAAACCUUCAGUCGACUUCAUGUUCACUGAUGUCUAUGAAGAAAUCCCAGCACACCUUCAAGUGCAAAGAGACGAGCUACGAGAGCACCUCAAGGAAUACGGGAAGUACUAUCCCGUCGAGCAAUUUCAGGACUGAUUAAACGACGGUGAAACGAUAUAUUUCUCAAAUAGCUAUAUGCAUAGAGAAGCACA